UCUAUAUCCCAAUGCAGAGCGUUAUGCGUUUACUUUCGUUGAUUCACGUUAUUAUCUCUCAUCUCUAGCUUUGAACUCCAACUUCCUUAUAAUCUGCCUGUUCUUCCUUGAUUCUUCAUUACUUGUCUCAGAAGUUUUCUUCUGCAUAUCCAUAUCCACAUUCUUCGCUUCACUGCACACAAUGUUUUCAUCCCUCUGCUCUGCCCUUUCUGUUCUCUUUAUCCCCAACGCCAACGCCACUGCUCUCCCUCUCCAACAUGACCGCCAACUCUCUCAAUGGUACGAGGAGCAACUCGAGGAUGAUCUCAAAUGGUCCUUUGCUGUCAACAGGAUACUUCAUGCCACGACCAGCGAGUUUCAAGAUGUAGUUCUCUUAGAUACCAAACGAUUUGGAAAGGCUCUAUUGCUUGAUGGGAAGCUGCAAAGUGCUGAAAAAGAUGAAUUCAUUUACCAUGAGUCCUUGGUGCAUCCUGCUCUGUUACUGCAUCAUAGCCCCAAAACAGUAUUUAUAAUGGGAGGUGGAGAAGGGUCCACAGCUAGAGAGACGCUAAAGCACAAAGAUAUUGAGAAAGUUGUUAUGUGUGAUAUUGAUAGGGAGGUUGUCAAUUUCUGCAAUGCCCAUCUGACCGAAAACCAGGAUGCAUUUCAGGACGAGAAACUUCACAUUAUUUUUGACGAUGCAAAGGCUGGAUUGGAGGGACAACCAGAGAAGUUCGAUGUAAUCAUUGGCGAUCUAGCGGAUCCACACGAAGGAGGACCAUGCAAUCAUCUUUACACUAAAUCCUUCUAUGAGGGAGUGAUUAAGCCCAAGCUGAAUGAUAAUGGUAUAUUUGUUACUCAGGCUGGCCCUGCUGGUAUGCUCUCCCACAAGGUCUUCUCAUCAAUAUACAACACUGUAAAGCAUGUCUUCAGAUAUGUGAUUGCAUACACAGCUCAUGUUCCAUCCUAUGCAGAUUCAUGUGGAUGGGUUUUGGUAAGCAACUAGAAAGAAUUUAAUUCCUUGUAAUUGCCUGAACUGAAGGGAAAAAGAGGAGAGAUGAGACA